UGUUAAAUUACCGAGGAAGCCCAGUGGCCCCCGUCUUUCGUCUCGUCUCUUCUCCUUCCUCUCCCCUUCUCUCCUCUCCUCCCACCGAGUCGCCGCCCCUUCGCUUUCAAGCCCACACGGAAGCAAGAAUUGUUCAUCAAAAUCCGAUCUUUGGUGUGGCUCUGUCGAUUUGCGGUGAUCCAUUUGGUGCCAUGGACUUCUGAUCCGGGGUUUCUUGGAUCUCGGGAAGGCGUUGGGGGGCGGGUGGGCAGGCGGGCGGGCGGCGAUCUGGCCGGGAGAUGGCCGGCGGGAAGGAGCCGAUCGAGGUCAAGUUCCGGCUUUUUGAUGGUACGGAUAUCGGCCCGAGCAAGUACGACCCCUCCACCACCGUCUCGGCGCUCAAGGAGUUCAUCCUCGCUCGGUGGCCGCAAGAUAAGGAAAUAACUCCAAAAACAGUCAAUGACCUGAAGCUCAUUAAUGCCGGAAGGAUAUUGGAGAAUAACCGAACACUUGCUGAGUCUCGUGUUCCAGUAGGAGAGGUUCCAGGAGGUGUAAUUACAAUGCAUGUGGUAGUGCGCCCUCCACAACCCGACAAAAACAAGAAGCAGCUUGCAAAUUCCCCCAAGCAGAACAGAUGUGGAUGUACCAUACUUUGAUACAGCGCCUGCCUGAUGAUGUACAAUGUGUCUAGCUCUAGGAUUUUGUAUCUGCUUUCCUGUGUUCACAGCUCUUGUGAAUUCAUUUUGACAUCCAAUUUUAGAGCCAUUCAAAUCCUAGAAAUAUACAUACAUAACACCCAUCAUUCCGUCAAAUAUGCUUGGGAGCUGGAACUGAAGAUUUCUGGAUGUCGCGUUAUUGGGAGCUUAAUGUUGUAACGAGUGUGCAGAAGACAGGGAUUGGAUGCUUGAUGUUGUAUAAAUUGUAAUGUCAAAACAGAAUUUCUCUUCUCUUCCUUCUUUUUCUCUUUCCCGCUUGCCACAUUGACAUUUGAUCGAUUCUUUUUAGCACUGGUGUUUGUCAUGUAAAACCAGAAUAUUGUACUCAAAUAUAUAUGUAAGCUGGAAAAGGGUGUUUUAUUCUGUCAUGUAGACGUAAAAAUGGAAAG